AUGGCUGCUGCAGUUCUUAUGCCAAUGGUUAGUUUCAGAGACGAGAGUACUCAUGGGGAUUGGCAAGUUCUAGGGAGAGACGAGCCGAAGAAGAAGAUUCUGGUGAAGCAAACGAGUUUGAUGCAAUCGGAGAGAGAGAUAUCGAUGGACCCGAUAUCAAUCAAGUCGUUGUCUCUAUCACCGUCCUUGAAAAGGAACGAUAGCUUCGAUAUGGUUCUGUUACCGGCGAUGUCACCGCCUAGAGACUUAGAUUCGCCUAUGCCACUUCCGUUGCAGCCAGUGCGGACUAAGUCUGCAAGCCGUAGCCUCCCAAGCUCAACCGCUACUUCUCCUAAACAACGCUCGGGUUUGAUGCGGGCGCUCAAAGGCAGGGAACAAGACUCGUCUUCGUCUUCAGGUCUACUGCGGGCGCUCAGAAGCAAGGAACAAGACUCGUCUUCGUCUUCUGGUCUGAUGCGGGCGCUCAAACGCAAGGAACAAGAUUCGUCUUCUGGUCUGAUGCGGGCACUCAAAAGCAAGGAACAAGACUCAUCUUCGUCUUCGGGUCUGAUGCGGGCUCUCAGACGCAAGGAACAAGACUCGUCUUCGUCUUCGUCUUCGGGUCUGAUGCGGGCGCUCAAAGGCAAGGAACAAGACUCGUCUUCCUCUUCGGGUCUGAUGCGGGCGCUCAAAGGCAAGGAACAAGACUCGUCUUCAUCUUCGGGUCUGAUGCGGGCGUUCAAAGGCAAGGAGCAAGACUCAUCUUCGUCUUCCGCUUCAUUCAGAAGAAGCAUCUCUUGUAAAGCUACUAAGAGCAGCGGAACCCAAAACUCUUUCUUGAUCAAAACCGAAUCGAACAAGAACAUCAACAAUAAUCAUUCAUUAGAAGACGGAUUCAAAUGCAAUGCCCUUUGUCUAUACCUUCCGGGUUUCGGUAAAGAAAAACCGGUCAGAUCAUCACGAAAAGACGAUUCUUCUUCCUUAACCCGAACCACCACGAUGACCUCAUCAUCAUCGUCAGUUACCGUUUCAAGAACUGUCUCCGUCAGAGAAACCACCACCACAACCACAGUGAUCUCAGCUCGAGCUUCGAUGGAGAUAUUCGAUUGCGGCUCAUACACUUCGGAUUCCACAGGAGAUGAAGGUGGGGGUCACUUUGACUUACCGUCCGAGCUAAUCAAAUCCGGUUCUGGUGAAAAUGACCAGGACGAUCCGGUUUCUGCGGCUUUCGUGUUUGACAAGAAACCUGUUGAGAAAGAGAUCAAAGGGGUUUUAAAGGUAUCUGGUUCGAACAACAGAAGAUCAAUGGAGUCUUCGCUCCGUCACGUUCGAUUCUCCACGUCAUCGCCGGUUUCAUAUCCGACGUCUCCGGCGAUCUCACCACGGUUGCUAGAAGCCACCAAGAAUUUUAAUGCUUUCUUGGAAGCUCAGUCCGUUUGA